AUGAGUAAACAGGCUUCUCCUCCACCAGCACAAUUCAACCCAAUCCCAAAGAUAAUAAAUGGUGGCAUCGCUGGCAUAAUUGGUGUAUCAGUGGUGUUCCCGUUGGACUUAGUAAAAACUCGGCUUCAGAAUCAAACUAUUGGACCAAAUGGAGAGAGACAGUAUAAGAACAUGUUGGAUUGCUUCCGAAAAACAUAUGCAGCAGAAGGUUACUUCGGUAUGUACAGAGGCUCUGCUGUCAACAUCAUCCUUAUCACUCCGGAGAAAGCCAUCAAACUUGCCGCCAACGAUAUGUUUCGUUUUUAUCUGACAUUACCUGAUGGGUCGUUGCCGGUCUUCCGGCAAAUGAUAGCCGGCGGCAGCGCGGGCGCUUGCCAAAUUGUGAUAACAACUCCCAUGGAGCUGUUGAAGAUUCAGAUGCAAGACGCCGGCAGAGUUGCUGCGCAGGCAAAGGCUGAGGGACGCAAAAUCGAGCGAGUGACGGCGAUGCAACUGACGAGAAAGCUGAUCAAGGAGCGGGGCAUCUUCGGUCUGUACAAGGGCAUAACUGCGACUGCGGCGAGGGACAUCUCAUUUAGUAUCGUCUACUUCCCCUUGUUCGCGACCUUGAAUGAUCUAGGACCUAAGGAGCCCGGGGCUCUUUCACCGCCCUUCUGGUGGUCAUUCGGAUCAGGGUGUGCCGCAGGGUCAACGGCGGCUCUUGCCGUCAAUCCCUUCGACGUAGUCAAGACCCGGAUGCAGACACUCACUAAGGGUAGCGGAGAACGACAGUACACCUCAAUCUUGGACUGUAUCACAAAAACGAUGAAAUACGAAGGUCCAACGGCCUUCUUCAAAGGCGGUGCCUGUCGUAUGAUAGUCAUAGCGCCGUUGUUCGGUAUCGCGCAAACGAUCUACUAUCUGGGUCUGGCUGAAAACUAUCUGGGCAUCAAGUAA